AUGCUUGACUUAUUUACUCAACCAGUAUUCGCUAUUGACAAUUCGCAUCCAUUUGGCUGCACCAAUAACUUAUGGAGUAACGUAUUUGAUCAGAUCGAGUAUCAAAGACGACUAGAUGGCCAACGUCAACGCCGCUUCGAGUUAGAGAAAUAUUACCAUCAGCUUGCGCAGCAAGAGCAAGCUGAAAGGCAGAGACGGCUCGAUGCUGAAAGAAAACGCAACCAGGGAAAAGUUUUCGUUAAGCAGGUUGAAACAAAUAAUGUACAUCAAAUUCAACUAUAUAAAAAUGCUGGUGAUUUUGGCUCAUAUGAAAUAAGACUAAUUCAAAAUAAGAAUAGCGGAUAUGUCUUGAAAAUCAUCUCCGAAGCUGAAGAAUUCUUGAAAGCGUUUGAAUUAGAGCCAAAACGCAUUGAUGUUGAACAUAUCGAUUGGAAAUACCACCCUGAAUUGAAUGUGCUUACGAUAAAUCUUCCUAUCAAAAACCAAACAGCUGAACAUAAGAAGAAACAAAGUAAAGCUAAAUCUAUAGAAAAAGCCUACAAGAAGAAUAGAAAACAUGAAAAAACAAAGUUGAAAGCUUUAAAGAAGAAAGAGAAGAAGUUGAGAAAAUUAGAAGAUCGUAAGGAACAAGAGAAAGAACAAGUACCAGAUUCUAAAACUCAAACUCCUAUAAGUAAAUUAUUCACUUCCGUCUCAGACUCUUCGGAAACUUCAGAGUACGAAACCCCUAGUGAAAGCGACAGUGAUAAUGAUAAUGCUCCUAAAGUGAAACACUCACCAACUAUGGAGGAGGUUGAAGAUGAAGAAUUUGUCUUACUCCGUAAAAGAUUCCAAUAGGAUGUUUUACAUUAUGAUUUUAUAUGACUUUAUAUGAUUUUAUAUGAUUUUAGAUAGUUUUAUGAUACGA